AAAACAAUCAUCUUCCCCAGCCAUCUACUCCGACGACCUCUACAGAGUACCAUCGUAGCAAGCGCCCAACGACCUUCUUCGUCGUCUCUUUAACGAAUUCUUUCUCACCCUUUAAUUCCCCAAUUCCUUGAUUCUCAAUUUUUAUUUAGAAUUUUCUUGAUUAUUUUCUGUUAUUCUGGUAAAAGAUCUUUUCUUUCGGCAGGAAACAAAAAUUGAGGCGUCUGGUUGUUCCGACAUGCCUCAUAGAGAUGAGUAUUCUAAGAAGAAGGAAAACCCAAGUUCAAAUAUUGUCACUGUGGAUGUGGGUGGUCAGCUAUUUCAAACGACCAAGCAAACCCUUGCCCUAGCUGGCUCCAAAUCACUUCUUUACUCUAUCAGCGAUACCUUUAAUCAAUCUAGUAUCCCCUUUAUCGACAGGGAUCCCGAUUGGUUUUCUAUUAUUCUUUCUCUUCUCCGAACCGGCCGCCUCCCGUCUAAAGCUAAAGCUUUUGAUUUGCAAGAUCUAAUUUUAGAAGGUGAGUUCUAUGGAAUUUCUCAUCUUCUAAUAAAUUCUUACUCAAACCCAUCUCAAUUUGAGGCUUUCAAUCUCGAAAAGUCGUUGCUUUUGCCUCUCAGUGGCAGGGAUUCCCCUUCGGCUGUUGCUACGACGUCGUGCGGAUCGGUCCACGUAGCCCAUGGAAGCAAAAUCACGUCGUUUGAUUGGUCACUGCAGAAGAAGUCGACGAUUUUGACCCAAUUCGCAGCCAUCGACUCGAUGCUGGCUCUAUCACCGACAAUUGCUGCCGCCGGAGCAACUGAUUUCUCCGGGCUACAGUUGAUUGAUCUUGAAAAGGGUUUCGUUAAGGAGACACUAACUUGGGAAAACGUCACGAAAUCUAGUGCUACAGUUCAGGGAAUCGGUUCAUCCCCUGAAUAUCUCUUUACUAGCUUCGAAUCAGGUCGCAGGAAUUCGAAUUCCAUCAUGGUAUACGACCUUCAUGAUGGAUUUCGUCCGGUUACAGAGAUCGGCCGCCACGAAAUCUUUGGAGCCAAUCUUGAUUCAGCAAUCCCAGCUACAAAAUUAAAUUGGAUUCCUAGUUUAAAUCUGUUAAUGGCAUCUGGGUCUCAUAGUGGACCUUCUGGGGUGAAUGGAAACAUCAAUUUCUGGGACAUAAGAUCUGGAAGUAUCGCAUGGGAGAUGAAGGAAAAAAGUGAUUGCUAUUCCGACGUCACGGUUUCUGAUGAUCUUUCUGGAAUAUUCAAGAUUGGAGUGAAUUCCGGCGAAUUGUUCUUUGCUGAUUUAAGGAAUAUCAGUGAUGAGAAGUCAUGGCGUUGCCUUGGAGAUGAUCGAAAGAUGAUGAAUGGAAAGAAAGAAGGUUUUGGGUGUAAGAUUGAAUGCCAUGGAAAUCAGGUUUUCUGCAGUAAAGGUGGUGAUAUAGAACUCUGGUCAGAAGUUUUGAUGGGUUCUUCUUCUACAGAGAGGGUCUUCAAGAAGAACGUUAUGGGAAGACUGAAGAAGGAGGAUAUGGGAGCAGGAAACAGAGUCUCUCAUUUAGGGUUUGGAGGGAACAAAAUGUUUGUAGCAAGAAAAAAUGAACAAUUUGUUGAAGUUUGGCAAAGUUCAAUAAGAGGAUUAUAAUCAAUAGUUUGUUUGUUUUUUCAUUUCAAAUCAAAGGUUUAAGUUUGUAUUAUUAAAGAAAUAUCAAUAUCUUGUUACAUACUAUAAUGUAAUGUAAUCAUAUUCUUUUUUCAUGGCUGAAACCUGAAAGAUCAGUGAAAUCUCUGUUU